ACUGAUAAGAUUCUUAUAAGAUAUUCAUAAGAAAGUGAUAAGACGGCUUGUUACUUUCUUAUGAAUAUCUUAUAAGUUUCUUAUAAGAAUCUUAUCAGAACCAGUGAAUUUCUUAUCACUUCCGUGCAACAUCUUAUAUAAGAAUCUUAUCAGAAACUUAUAAAAAGCUGAUAAGUAUUUUGUAUGUUUGUGAGCGCCUUAUAUAAGAAUCGAUGUCUAGGGAAAACACAUAACUCAAUGCCUAGAUUUUUACGGAGCAGAAUCUGUUAUUAGAGCACUUUCAAGUUCUUGUGAUCUAGAGAAAGAACGCUGGAAAACGAAGAGGUUUUACUAAAACGGCUUUAGCCAUUCAGCACGUUCUCUUCAACAGAUGAUUGUCCUUAAUGAUUAAUCGCUUUGGUAUGUAUUGAUAAAAGACGAGUUAAUAAAGGAUUAUAAAAUAUUAAUUAUAUCAACAUAGACGUAACUUACAUAUUUUUUCAGAAACUGCAGGUGAUUCCUAUCGAACUAGCAGGUUUAUCUUUAUAUGAUCACUAAAUCUUCAAUAAUCGUCAUUCCUACAAGUUGGUUCUGCUUAAUAUUCUGUCAAACAUCACUCUUGGUUUAGUUUCUAUUCGUGUUUUGAUCACUGAUGGACAUCCAAUUGUGCACAUUAUAACGUUCUUGUCAUCAAUACUUGCUAGCUCUUAUACAGCAACGAUACUGCACAACGCUGUAAAAGGGUUAACUGUUGUAUUUUCUGUCUUUCGAAAGAUUCUAUUUUAAGGCGCAUAGAGAUGUGAAACCGGCAAACAUGGUGGUUGAUUAUGAAAAUGGAAUUUUAAAAAUUUGUGAUCUAGGCUCCGCGAAACGGUUGAAUAAAGGCGAAAAGUCUGUGUCCUAUGUGUGCACAAGAUAUUAUCGUGCUCCUGAACUACUUUUGGGCUGUACAGAAUAUAGUGCAGGUUUAUCACAGUUGUUCAAACCGUAUGUGUUAAGGCCACGCUAUACCGGUAGUGUUGAUCUAACUAUAAUAUCAUUUCAACCAAGAACAUUGCGUGGCUACUUACCGGAGAGAACGCCUGACAAUGCAUUUGUUCUAUUAGAAUCACUAUUGAGAUAUAAACCAAUGGAAAGGACUACAUGUUUAGCUGCAUUAGCAUCCGAUUUUUUCAUUGAAUUACGACAACGGUCAAAUACAUUGGCCAAUAAAAAACCAUUGCCAAAUUUGUUUAAUUUUAGGGAUAAUGAACUACCAAAAUCAAAUGUUUUGUAUAAUUAUAUUGUACCAGAAUGGUAUACACAACCGAUACCGGCACAAACAAACGAAAUUCCACGAAAAGGCUAUUAUGUCGUGUUAUAUAUGAAAUCAAAAGGAGAAUUUAUCAACAGUUCGAUUCAAACUCGUAAAGUGAAGAUGUGUUACACAUGCACUGCUCAUACAAUAGGUUGCGGUGAAUUUAUAAACGUUCAUUAUUUGAAAGAAAAAGUUAAACAAUGUAGUUCAAGUUGUGUAAUAUUUCGAAAUCCAUUGGAUAAUAAUCUUUUACAUCGUGGAUGUUCAUCAAAAUGGUCGUCUAUUCAUAUAAAAAGUGGAUUUCAUAAACUUUUAGGAACAGACGCAUUUUUCUGCGAAGAAUCUUUAUGCAACGGAAUUAGUUUCAAUUUUAUGAUGGGUAAAAAUAAUAUUACUAUAUCUAUUUUGUGUAUUUUUCAAAACAAGAUACAAACAGCGCUCACAUCUCCAUCGAUUUACGAUCAAACAACUUCAACCGAUCAACCAGAGUACUUUGUUUCAGACGAUCAAACAAACAUUGAGCAAAAUGAAAAUAGUUGGAACAGUAACAAUCUAGAUUUUAUCAGUAUACCAGUCAAAAAAAUUUCUACAAAAAGAAGAAUAACUACGUCGACAACGUCUGCUGUAAUGAGGAUGCCUCCGAUCAUUAGUUCUACAAAUUUAGAAGAACAAUCCGAGCCUAAAUUAACAUGGUGGGAUCGAGAGAGUAUAGAAACAAAAUCUGAAAUAGCGCAUAACAAUUAUUAUUACCAUAAAAAUAAUACGAAGAAUAAUCAGACAAUUUUUAAUGAUAUUGAUCGAUUAAAUCCGUCUAAUAAUCAAAUAAUAUCGAUGAUUAAAGAUGAUAAUUCAACAUUAAAAAUACUUACAAAUCAAGAAAGUAUUGAAAAUGGCAAUAAAAACUGUUCACUUUUCACUACUAGUACAAAAUUGCCUCUAACAACUCAACGUGGAUAUUUAUUAAAAAAUAAUGAGGUCAAAAAUAAGAGUGAGACGACUUUAUUUGAUAAUUUCUACAAAUUUAGUGAUUCGAAUUAUAUUCUAACAAGUAUUGAUGAACUGUAUAAUGAACCGUCAUUUAUUCUAUCUUCAACUAUUCCUGUUGAUAAUUUGAAUACACUUCAGCAUACUACUAGACAGGACUUAGAAUCAUUUGAAUUUUGGAACGUAAACCGUAAACAAAAGAAUCAACCAACAACUUCAUUAGUACAUCCAAAUUUUUCAUGGAUAUUAAAUUUAACAAAUAAUUUAUCAGAAAUUUCACAUAAUAUUUCUAUGCAUGAUACAAAAGAUAGAAUUCAAACUACUCAACAUAAUUAUCAACAUCGUUUAUUAAUAACUGAAUCCCCACAACACGAAAAAUUUUAUCCAAUAUUAAAAUGGUUUGAUAUAAAGUCCUCCAUUGACGUUGGUUCAAAAUUAAAAAAUAAACAAUUACCAUUUACCUUGAUGAAUAAAUAUCAAUCUCGUUUAACUACCAAAAGCGUUCUAAUAACCAAGAAAAAAUUUCCUUAUUGUAAAAAUAAAUCUUGUUUUCAUGGAGGAAAAUUGACUGAUGAUUGUCUGUGUCUUUGUUUACCUGCUUACAGUGGAAAAAAUUGUGAAAUUAGUAAGAAUCCUUCAUUUUUAUGA